AGAUUGAGAACAGAGAGUGUUUGUCCCUCAAGUUAAGCCUAAACACCAAUAGAAAAAGGUAGUUAUCAAGGGAUUUAAAAACCCCAAAACUUUUCCUCUUAUAUUUAGUAAAGAGUGUGGGGUAUCUCCUGUUUUGGCUGGCAUAUCUGGCGCCUAAACAACUGGUUUAAACCUUGUUUGGGAUUCCUGCUUGUUUUAGCAUGGCGGAUCUUGGAGUUCACAGAAUCCUCCUUCUGGUUAUUUCUCUGACAAAGUGUCUGGAGGGCACAAAACUGCUGGCAGACUUAAAAAAAUGUGGUGACUUGGAAUGUGAAACUUUAAUAAGCAGAGUCUUAGCCAUAAGAGAUUACAGAGGACCUGACUGUCGAUACCUGAACUUCACUAAGGGAGAAGAGAUAUCCGUUUAUGUUAAACUCGCAGGAGAAAGGGAAGAUUUGUGGGCAGGAAGUAAAGGAAAGGACUUUGGGUAUUUUCCCAGAGAUGCAGUCCAGAUUGAAGAGGUGUUCAUAUCUGAGGAAGUUGAAAUAUCAACAAAAGAAUCUGACUUUCUCUGUCUUCUUGGAAUAAGCUACACAUUUGAAAAUGAAGAUAGUGAGUUAAACAGUGAUAAUGGUGAAAAUACAUAUCCAUAUGAAGAAGACAAGGAACCCAAAUCUAGAGUAUAUGAAAGUGAUUUUCAGAUAGACCUUGGCUUUUAUUCAACUUCUGAAAGUACUUUGUUUGAAGACCAAUUUCCAGCAUCAGAGGCUCCUGAAGAUAUCAGAAGUACUAGUGAAUCAAAGGACUGGGAAGCAGUAGAAGCUGGAAAUGUGGAACAGUAUCCUAUUCCAGAAGGGGAUCAUGUCCCACCAUCCUCAUCCAUUCCUGAAGUGAAAGGAUGGUUUGGAUUUGGAAAGGACCAAGCUGGAGAAAAGACUUUUGAAUCAGUUACUGAACCUCUAGAAGAAAGCUCAUUUCGAAGUAGAAAAAUACCAGUGGAAGAUGAGAAUGACCCAGAGGGAUUAAACAAUGGUGAGCCCCAAACAGAACAUAAGCAAGAAUUUGAAUCAGAAUUUGAUUCAGUGCCAAAGAAAGAGUCUGAACUAGUGUCUGAGUCAGAGCACAUCCUCAAUCCUCAAGACACUGGUUGGUUUGGUGGUGGAUUUACAAGUUAUUUUGGUUUUGGGGGUGAGGAUACAGGGCUUGAAUUAUUGUCCAAAGAAAGCAACCCACCAUUACAAGAUGUUCCUAGUUCCAUAUCCUCUGAGGAAGAACCCACCGUUCCAUGUACAGAAAUAUUAACAGAAAAAGAAGACACAAUCACUAAUGAUAGCUCAAUUCUCAAGCCAAGUUGGUUUGAUUUUGGUUUUGCUAUGCUAGGAUUUGCAUAUGCUAAUGAAGAUAAAAUUAUAUCAGAUGAUGGAAAAAAUGAAGAAGAAAGUGGGGGAGAUAAACAUGGACAUCCUCCAACAAGUGAAUUUGACACUGAUAAGGAACAAGAAAUAAAAAUAACAAAAAUUAUGGAAACUGAAAAUCAAAUAGGCAAGAAAAUGGUCUUAGAGAAAACAGAUGAUUCUGAUACUUUACCGUAUUUUAAAAAGUUCUUGUAUACUUUUGACAACCCCUGGAACUUCCAGAACAUUCUAAAGGAGACAGAAUUGCCAUCUCCCAAAGAGACACUGGAUGAAAAUAAUGGAGGUGAAAAAGAUAAAAGAGAAGAAUUUUCAGUUGAGUAUUACCCCACAGAUAAUACGGAAGAUAUGAUGUUGAAAAACAGAUACAGUCAGCCAGAUAUGGUCUCUAAAAUAGAGUUAUCUAUGAGAGUUCAUGAAGAAGUACAUUUCAAAACUCUAUCUUCUGAAAAUAAUGAUGAAAAAUCAAAAACAUCACUAGACACUGAAAGGCCUGCUCAAGUGGAAAUAGACACAUUUGUGGAAAAUACCCUGUCAAACAGUCAGAUCUUUUCAACUGAUUACUCUUUGUCUUCUCAAAAUUAUGUUGCUCAAAAAGAAGAUGCUUCUGAGUGUCAGAUUCUGAAAUAUUUAUUUCAAAUUGAUGUUUAUGAUUUCCUGAAUUCUGCGUAUUCACCAAUUGUAGUUCUUACAGAAAGGGUUGUCGCAGCAUUGCCUGAAGAUAUGAGACCAGGUUCUAACUUCUAUGGUUUUCCAUGGGAAUUAGUGAUAUGUGCAACUAUUGUUGGAUUUUCUGCUAUUCUCUUGUUUUUGUGGAGAAGUUUUCGAUCGGUUAGAAGCCGGCUUUAUGUGGGAAGAGAGAAAAAGCUUGCUGCAGAACUUUCUACACUGAUCGAAGAAAAAUGUAAACUACUUGAAAAAUUUAGUGUUGUUCAAAAGGAGUAUGAAGGCUUAGAGUCAUCUUUAAAGGAUGCCAGCUUUGAGAAGGAGUCAACAGAAGCACAAAGUUUGGAGUUUGUUGAAGGAUCACAAAUAUCAGAGGCAGUCUGUGAAAAGCUGACUAGGUCCACAUCUGAACUUGAGGAUGAAAUACUCAUUCUAGAAAAAGAGUUAAAAGAAGAGAAAUCUAAACAUUCGGAACAAGACGAAUUGAUGGUGGAUAUUUCAAAAAAGAUACAGUCCCUAGAAGAUGAAUCAAAGUCCCUCAAAUCACAAGUAUCUGAAGCCAAAACAACCUUCAAAAUAUUUCAGAUGAAUGAAGAAAGACUUAAGGUAGCUAUAAAAGAGGCAUUGAGUGAAAAUUCUCAACUUCAGGAAAGCCAGAAACAGCUUUUACAAGAAGCUGAAGAAUGGAGAGAACAAGUGAAUGAACUUAAUAAACAGAAAAUAACAUUCGAAGACUCCAAAGUACAUGUGGAACAAGUUCUAUGUGAUAAAGAAAAUCAGAUUAAGUCUCUGACUGAGCGCUUACAAAAGAUGAAAGACUGGGCUGCUGUGCUUGGAGAAGACAUAACAGAUGAUGAUAACUUGGAAUUGGAAAUGAAGAGUGAUUCAGGGAAUGGUGCGCACUUAGAUAAUCAACCAAAAGGAGCUUUGAAGAAACUGAUUCAUGCUGCUAAGUUAAGAGCUUCUUUAAAAACCCUAGAAGGAGAAAGAAACCAAAUUUACACUCAAUUAUCGGAAGUUGAUAAAACAAAAGAAGAGCUUACAGAGUGUAUUAAAAAUCUCCAGACUGAACAAGCAUCUUUACAGUCAGAAAAUACACAGUUUGAAAGUGACACUCAAAAACUUCAGCAGAAACUUAAAGUAAUCACUGAACUGUAUCAAGAAAAUGAAAUGACACUUCACAGGAAGUUAACAGCAGAGGAAAACUACCGGUUAGAGAAAGAGGAGAAACUUUCCAAAGCAGAUGAAAAGAUCAGCCAUGCAGCUGAAGAGCUGGAGACCUAUAGAAAGCGAGCCAAAGAUCUAGAAGAAGAAUUGGAGAGAACCAUUCAUUCUUAUCAAGGACAGAUUAUGUCUCAUGAGAAAAAAGCACAUGAUAAUUGGUUGGCAGCUCGAACUGCUGAAAGAAACCUCAAUGAUUUAAGGAAAGAAAAUGCUCACAACAGACAAAAAUUAACUGAAACAGAGUUUAAAUUUGAACUUUUAGAAAAAGAUCCUUACGCACUUGAUGUUCCAAAUACAGCAUUUGGCAGAGAGCGUUCCCCAUAUGGUCCCUCACCAUUGGGUCGACCUUCACCUGAAAUGAGAGCUUUUCUCUCCCCUCCAACUUUGUUGGAGGGUCCACUCAGACUCUCACCUUUGCUUCCAGGGGGAGGAGGAAGAGGCUCAAGAGGCCCAGGGAAUCCUCUGGACCAUCAGAUUACCAAUGAAAGAGGAGAAUCAAGCUCUGAUAGGUUAAUUGAUCCUCAUAGAGCACCUUCUGACACUGGGUCCCUUUCACCUCCCUGGGAACAAGAUCGUAGGAUGAUGAUUCCUCCAUCAGGCCAACCGUAUCCUGAUCCAGUUCUUCCUCCACAAAGGCAAGACAGAUUUUAUUCUAAUUCUGGUAGACUUUCUGGACCAGCAGAACUCAGAAGUUUUAAUAUGCCAUCUUUGUAUAAAACGGAUGGGCCAGCGUCUUCAGAAAUGGAAUCCGGUAGAAAUGACAGCAAAGACGAUCUUGGUAAUUUAAACGUGCCUGAUUCAUCUCAUCCCAUUGAAAAUGAAGCACCUGGCCCUGGCUUGGUUCCUCCACCUCACCCUCCAAUCAGAGGCCCAUUGUUUCCAAUGGGUACAAGGGGUCCUUUCAUUAGAAGGGGUCCUCCUUUUCCUCCACCUCCUCCAGGAAGCAUGUACGGAGCUUCCCGCGAUUAUUUUCCACCAAGGGAUUUCCCUGGCCCAGCACCUCCUCCAUUUCCAGUGAGAAAUAUCUGUCCACCAAGAGUCUUUCCUCAUUAUCUUCCCCCAAGAGCUGGAUUUUUCCCUCCACCCCCGCAUCCUGAAAGUAGAAGUGAGUUCCCAUCAGGGCUGAUUCCGCCCUCAAAUGAGCCUACUACUGAACAUCCAGAACCACAGCAAGAAACUUGACAAUAUUGUUGGUCUUUCCUCAAAAGUAAUUUUGACUUCUCUCUCAUUUUCAGUUUAAGUAACUGCUGUUACUUAAGUGAUUAUAUUUUUGCUCAAAUUGAAGCUUAAUGGAAUUAUAAUUCUCAGGAUAGUAUUUUGUAAAUAAAGAUGAUUUAAAUAUGAAUCUUAUGAGUAAAUUAUUUCCAUCUUAUUUUAUUCUAGAUAGUAUAAUUAUUUUAAUUUAACCCAUCCCCUAUCACAUAAACAAUAAUGAGAGUUUUAUAUAUGUAAUCUUGCAGUUGGGGAUAAUUUGAACUCCAAAGGCUGUGUCUUUAUUCCAAGAACUGUGUUUACUAUGGUUGUAGACAAAUGUGAAAGUAACUUUAUGCUUAAUUAAAUAAAUAUUAAUUGAUUUAAA